UGGCUAAGCUAGCUGGAAGAUUUUUAACCACGCACCAUGUUGUUCCGCGCGAUUCGAACGAUCUCCUUUGCGUUUGCCGUCGUCGCCUUGGUCGCUGCGGAUUAUCAGCUUCCUCAGGGUGUGAAAACCUGCAAAAGGGAUUCAGAUGAUUUCGCGUCCUGUCUGAGACUGGCUAUUCAAGAAGCAUGGCCCACGUUCAUCGAAGGAUUGCCAGAUUUCGACAUUCCACCGCUGGAUCCCUAUUACGUGGAUUCCUAUUCGACUGAGUACAAAAAUGGCCAAUUACGAGGAAAAUUAUCAGGUACCGAUGUCAGGACGUACGGUCUUGCGAAAGCACGCUUCUUAUCCGUGCAACCGGAAAUGACCGACGACUUCUUCCGGCUGGAAAUCGAUCUCGAAUUGCCGAAGCUCCUGCUCGAUGGCAAUUACGAAGCUGAAGGUUCAUUGGAUACCUUCAAACUCGGUGGCCAAGGAUUCUUCAACAUGAGCAUGGAGGAUGUGAGAUGCUCGUGGGACAUCACAGGACACGUUGUCAAUGACCGAUGGGUCAUCGAACACUUCAGAUUGCUCCCAAAAGUAGGAAAAAUGAAAGUCUAUUUCAGUGAUCUGUUCCAUGGAAACGAGCAACUAAAUCGAGCUGCUCUGAUCUUCGUCAACGAAUACUGGCCACUGAUUUUCCGUGGAAUGUUGCCCAAAAUGAUGGAUCUCUGGGACGAAUUCUUAACCGAGUUCACCAAUCGUUUCUUCUCGAGAAUACCAUUCUCAACGGUAUUCCCUUGAAUCAGUCGAUUCAUAGUUGCAAAAUAAUGAAAAGUGAGCUGAAGAAGAUAUCGUGAGAAGAUCGAGGGAUCAUUGUGUCUGAAGAAGAUGAAACAGCUGGGAUCGAAGAGAGAAGCGAAGACGGUUUAAUUAAUGUUAACUAUUCUGGAGACACUUUGUAAAAUUUGUUUAACAUUUUAAAGCGUGCUCUUCCAGCACUUCUUUUCUUUUUUUUUAUUUUAACGUUGGAUACUGCACGCUGUUAAAACAGCAAUUUAUUGUUUUUGUUAUUGGACGAAGUCUGAAUGAUGUAAAUAAAUAGAAAAUUAAUGAUGUA